GAGUCGGCCUUCCCGAAUUCCGUCACCAUCGCGGAAGGCAGCGCGACCAGCUUCCUCCUGAAAUAGUUUCCGUUUUGCCUCGGCUGUCGCGGGCACAGUGAAAAGUUACCGAUCGAAGUGGCAUGUGUGUGUGUGUGUCUGUGUGGAAAGCCAUUUUCUAUUAGAAAAUCAGAAAAAAUCCUGCUCGCGAAUCUGCUACUGCACGCCGUGUGUUCGUCAACCUCCGUUUGCUCCAAUAACGGUAAACCAUUUUUAGUGUAGUAUAAACCCAGGGCAAUCACACACGGAACGAAUGCUCAACGUGCUUCUUUCUCCACCAAACACCGAACGAGUGUUGUUGUGCAGUGUGAAGGAAAAAUCAUCAACCAGUUGGCAAAAAUUUGCAUAACACGGCUCAAUUUUGAAGUUUUGUGAUUGUGAACAAAAGCAAUAGAGAGCGAGAAAACUGUGCGUGUGUGUGUGGGUACUGAUUUUGCUGUUUCGUACCACCGGUCUGUGUGUAUGCAUCGAGAAGUAAAAGUGAAACCACCCCGCCGCUCUACCGGAAGUGCUGCCGGCGGAAGAUCAGGGUGAUCUGCGCGAACCAGGCGGCGAUCCCAUUUUUCCCUCCCCAGCGGCAGCCAACGGUCGGGAAAACAUGGACGUGUCCGAGAGCUACAGCGGAGAUGAGCUCAUACCAGAAAGCUGCCUCGAGUCGGAAUGGAUUGAUGAAGAUGAAGUGUUUGCAAUUCUAAAACAAUGGGAAACACGCGGUGGCAGCAGUGUGCGCGGCAACAGCAAAGCAGCAGCAGCCGCCACCGGUUAUGGCAACACUGCUGGCAGCGGUCACAUCCUGCUGAAUCAGAGCUUUGGCAAUGAGAACAACAUUAGCGUCGGCAGCAGCAUCCCCGGAAAACUAGAAACACUAUCCGAAUGUGUGACGGACCGCAUCAAGAACGAGCUUCUUCUGCUCGAUGAUAUCGAUAGUAUAGAGUGUGACAAGCGGCUGCUGAAUCCAAACAGUGGCAGUCAAAGAUUCGUCGACACGGGAACGUUCACAAGGCCGAAGAAGAGAAUAGAGACUGGCAUACCGAACAGUCCACUCGCUGUAGAUAAUAACAACACCUUGUCCUCUUCACACACCGAGUUCCCAAGCGGAGGAUCGCCGCUGCUGAACGUACAAAUCGGUGGCCCGGUAACGCCUUCCUCCCUAGCUACCCCGUCCGCCCUCGCUAACUCGACCACCGGCAACCGGCUGCUGAUGCAGCGCAGCUGGCUGCAGGAUGUGUCGCCGCCCUGCUCGAUCAUGAACUCGAUGGAGUACUCGGCGAACGAGAAGAUUACCAGCAGCCUGAUCACGAGCGGCGACUUUAGCAGCGUCGGCUGUCUGCUGAACGCCGGCGAUGACAACGCGAACGGGAGCAUGCCGAGCGUGGGCAACGCCAGCUACAACGGCUACAAUCUGUACAGCGUGAUCGAGGACCGGCAGCGGCUGGAGAACCUUUGCCUGGACGAGGAAAGCACGCUGACGAAGGAUUGCAACAUCUCGCGCACGGACCUGAACGCGAUCGAGAGCGUGUCGGGCGUGAGUACGAUGCAAAACUCGUACGAAAGCAGUGGCCGAACGGGGGCGCUGGUGGGGGGCAAGUCUUCGUUCGAGGAGGAUAGCUCACCGCCGCCGCCGCCAACAUCGACGGGUGCACCAACGGAAGAGGAACGGGACGCUGGAAAGGAACUGAUCAACACGACCAUCACUACCGGCGUGACCGCUCCCAACGACACGUUCGUGCUGCCGGAAGCGGAAGCGGAGCGGCUGCUCGCCGGCAAGCUGCUGCUGAACGGUGGCGGUACGUACGAUGCGCGGCGGCCGCGCAACUUCAACACGUACCGCAAGCCGCGCUCGUCGUUGAACCAAACGUUCGAGGAAGUGCCGCACGUCGAUGCGGAUACGACGGUCGUGCUGCCGGCGGCGGGGCAAACGUUCGUCGCACCGAAACCGGUCCUCGACAAGCAUGCGGUCAUGAACAGCACCUUCGGCAUCGUGGGCGAUGAGCAGAUCGGUGGCGCGGCCAAUGGGCACGGAACGUUCGUCAGAAACCGUACGCUCAACAACGAGGAAAGGGACGACGUGCGGUUAAUCAAUCUGACGCUCGACACGGUCGAACCCUCGAUCACGCCGCCGCCUGCCGUUCCGUUCGAUCGCACCUUCAAGCGGCGUCCGCGCAACGGCACGUUUAUCGGCGGUGAGGACGAGGUACGCCAUCUGCCAUUUGAUAGCCCGCUGCGGCCGACGGUGGUAGGCGGCGGCGGGGCAGGACCGGCAGCUGAACCACAGCUGGAAGAUGAAGCGGAACCGCACGGGCAGCGCACACCAAACGGAACGUACAAUCAGCCGCAGCAGCUCCCGGCCAACUCGAUGCUGGUACAGUCGACGCCCUUCCACGGACCGUCGGCUCGGGCGAAGGUGGCACCGGAGCUAGAGGACCUGUCACCGAUCGGUCUCGAGACGCAGAAAACCACCCCUACCAGCGGGCUGGGGCGUACGAUGGUGCGACGCAGCCGCAACCUGGAGCAGGACCUGCGGAACAUUACCCACGAGGUGGUUGGCACCGCCGAACCGGCCGCUGACAUGCUGCUCGAGCUGGAGACGGAUGAUUUCGACGUCCAGAUACGGCGGCUACCGUCGGCGACGGCCACCGCGGGCACGGGCACGGGCACGGACAUAUCGAAUUUCCUCGACGCGGAGAAGCGCAUCUCGCUGCAGCACUUUGAGGAGUUUGAGAAAUCGAUACUGGAAAGCGAACACAGCGGGAUCGAUUUCGACGAAAUGCUCAACUCGCUGACGGCGGACGUGCGCCGGUCGGACGAGGCGAGCGACAAGCUGCGCCAGUCGCUGGACAACAUCAAGAAGCGCCACUCGCGCAUCAACCUGGAGAAGCAGCAGCAGGACGAGAUGAAGCGGAAGCUGCACCAGCAGCAGCAGCAACCGGCGGAGGCACAGUGCGACAAUAAGCUGGCGGACUCGCUGCUCUCGAAAAGUGGUGGCGGCAGCAGCAGCAUGUGCUCGUCGAGUGGAAGCGAAAGACUGUUAAAUCGUAGAAGUAGAUAUAAUGAGGACGUACACCUGAACCUAUCGCCGCAGCAGCAGCAGCAGCAGCAGCAACAGUCGCAAACGAUGAACGCGACGGUCAUUAUGGCGAACGGGGGAAGCGAAGAGGGACCCGCUGAAUCGGCUGAUCCCGUCCCUACCAACAGCGAGGUAGAGACGUACGAUCGCAAGAACCGGGACCGCUUCAAAACGAUACGGCUGGGCAGGCGGCGGGACGAUUCGCUCGGUGCCGUCCUGCCGGACGUGGACCAGGAGCUGGCCGGACCGCAGCCACUGUUCAACGGAUCCGGGGAAGAUAGCGGUCUCAGCAGCAGCAGUGCCUUUAGCAGGGUAGAUCAUAACGCGGCAAAGAUGGCGGGUGGUCCGCCAUCGCUCGCGAACGGUGGUAGCAGGAUGGCGGCGGGUAACGGCAGCAAUCUGCCCACGAUGAAGACUGAACCCUCCGGGGAUGGCGAUGAGGCCGUGUUUAAGAAACCGCAAGCAAUCCAGCCCAGCACGAUGAUGCAGCAACCGUCCGGGCUGGCACGCCCCGGUGAAAGCCGGUUGCGCAGUACCCUCUCCAAGCCGCGCUACUAUGGCGCCGCCGGCCCGCUGCAGGGCGCGAUUGGAGGAAUACAGCGCAAAGACCUCACGCUUCCGCUCGGCAACAAGUCCAGCUCGGCCGAUUGCUUGGAACAGCGGGAAGAGGACGAUCAGUAUCUGCUGCAACAACCGCAGCAGCAGCGGCUGUCCGGGGAUAAAUCGCUCCAGCAGCAGCAGCCCACCUCGCGGCUAGCGACCAUGUCCAAGCUGGGUGGCGGUAGUGGCGGUCUGCUCGGCACCGGAAGGUACUCACAGUUUGGCCUAGCGAACAAGCAGCUGCAGCUGCAGCAGAACCAAACCGUUGCCGGCCAGCCGAUGGGUGCUCCGGCGCUCAAGUCCCCGAUGGGCACGAAAUCCAAGUCCUACCACAGUCUUACGUUUGCGCAGGCAAACAAUAGCAGCGGGUACGGUGGCUCCAGUGGCAAUCUCUCCAAGCUACACGGAUCGUCCGCGCUGCAGCUGAAACUGAAGCACAAUUCCAGCAACACAGAGCUGAAAAGUAACACAUCCAAGCGGUUCUCGCUGCAGCAGCAGGCAGCUACCAACUUGCGGCUAGCGUCCAGUAGCACCAACCAGCAUCAGAGUGCCGAAGGAGGAGAAGGAGGAAGAGGAGCAGUGGUGGGCCGUGCCAGCUUGCCGCUGGGGCGAUCACCCGCCGCCGCUCAGCCAAAUGCAGCUCGUACCGGCCUGAACAACAGCUCCACCGCUGCUGCAAUGGCUAACAAAAACGCUCUGAAUACUACCACUCUCUCCGGUGGUGUACAGAUGCGCACAGCCAGCGGGUUGGCGAAAACGUCCCGCCUUGGGCUGAUUCGCCCCUCGUCCGGAUACUUUAGCUACAGCACGCACCGCAAGCACCCGGACUCUGAUAACGAGUCCGUCAAUAGCCUAUCAUCCUCAUCCGCUAGCUCACGGGGCAGCCUGUAUCGUGUAGAUAGUCAAAGCAUAGCGAACAGUGCGCAACCGCCACAGUUCGCGAGCGCCACGCGAACCAAUAGUGUCGAGGACGUUAGCGGCACCAGUAGUAGUGGUAACGGUUUGCUAACGAAACUUAAUGGCACCGGUGCAGGAAUGGGCCCGGGAGUGCUGAGCGCGUACGCGUCCAUCGAGCCGCCGCUACCGAAGAACAACCCUCCAGUGUCCUCCUCCAUGCCGGCGGCGCCAACAAUGACCGGGCUGAAGCAACCGACGGCAGCGACCGGUGGAGCGAAACCUUCCGGGCUGAGGCCACCGUCCGCCAUACGACCACCGACGGUGCGCAGUGGUCUUCCGCGUCCCACGAGCUACAUAAGACGAUAGAUUGUGCGUGGUUUUUCGUGUAGGAUGAUUAGCUAAUAAGGGCCCAGCUCCCAACACAACACACGGGCAGGUAAACGAGCCAUAGAAAACCCCUGUCGUGUGUGUGUGUGUGCCCGUGUAAUACGGGCAGAGCGCAGCGCAGACAACCAGAUCGUGUUAAUAUUAAGCCGUCGUCUGCAAUGUGUCAGGUGUCGGCUUUUGGCAACCCUUUUUCCCCACAUUGUAUUUAUCUAUCGAUAGUGUGUAACAACUGUGUUCUGCCGAAAGUAUUCCCAUCCGGUCACGUUUUGUUUUACUGCUGUGUGUAUUUACUACGCGAACAGCUUCGUCCCUCGAACCUUCCGAUAAUCACUUUACUUGUUAACGUUUGUUUUAGGAAUCUUACUCUUUUUUUUUAUUUGUUUGUACAAUACCGUUUGUCCGUUUACCGUGUUUUGUUGGACAGUCUAUGUAAUACUUCUCUCAUUGUGAGCAUUGAAGUAAAUCAUUUGCUAUUUAAUGUUCUAUUUAAUUAACAGAACAGGAAGACGAACGAUACCAUCGGGGGUUGUUCGUUCUUCCAUUCAGCAAACGCUUUAUGAAUUGAAAUCGAGCGAGCUCUUAGAACAUUGCGCGUUAAUCGCUGCGUUAAAUGCAGAUUAGUUUGUUAAAACCCAUCUUUUUUACACACCUAUUGAACUAUGAAAACUCUAAUGCUGCUUUCUGAUCCUCACAGGCGUUUAAUUGAAGAAUUUGUGAUAUCCUAAUUGUUUCUUUAAAAAUACUGUUCUUCUGCUUCCCCGUCUCUGUUGCUAAUUCUAAUAUACGUACAUUUGUUAUACGACGAUCCCCGAGACACCCCUGCCCCCAUUGCUGACUGUUAGUAAUCUUUGAUUUUGGGAGGAACGUUUUGUCAGAUUUUGUCUAGGGUCGUACAGCAGCAUCAAAAUACAAGGAAAGAGCCUUCAACAAAUGUGUAGCUGUUCCAGGCACAGGAAAAUGUAUGUUACUUUAACUAAUUUACCUAUAAGCUUGCUAAUGAGUAAGUGUGUAAGCAAACGAAAAAAACUGAAACGUAACAAUAUUAAACUCACACACUUGGAGUACCCACAUGGAGCGCGAGCUUGUUGUUAUACGGUCAGUGGGUACGCUACAUAGUUGCUGUAAUGUUAUCCCAUCUGGUAAAAUCCGUUUAAGUUAAAGCAGCUAGCGAAUUGGGUGAGGGUUAAGACUAAAAAGGAAGACAGUCUUACGGUGCAGUAGACGUUACGUUAGCGCUCGAACAAAGGAAAGAAGACUUUUGGGUUAGACACAGUAUAGUUUGUCAGGUUUUUACAAGUAAAAUGUCCUCGUAACAGCAAUAAACUGGGAAGCGAUUAUGAUUUACGUAUUAUUGGAGAAUCAAUCCGCUUUCCUUUCCUUCUUAUUCGUUACAUAGUCCAGCAGACAGGAGGUUGACUUUCAGUUGAGCCAAUGUUGAGUCCAAGUGUCACUCAUGCUUCAACGAAAGUGCAACUAAGCACUCAUUAUUAACGCUGUUCCUCGUAAACUCCUUCGUACUUGAGUUAAAAUGAUCGUGAACCUGACAAACGUUUUAGUUUAAAGAUCUAAGCAUAAGAAGAAGAAGAAGAAGAAGUAUCGCUUUGAAUUGAGCUAUUGCGAAAAAAAACCUUAAGACGAGAUGAACAAAUCACGCGGAAAUGGACAGGAAUUGUUAUGUCUGAAACUGUAAAACGUUAACUCUAUAGUAGCUCCGUUUGAACUGUGUAAAGCAAAACGAUAUACAACAUAUUUAUACAUUAAAACAGAACCUUCCAUCCUGGAACACAAUAUUA